GGGGUUUGGAGCGCAGAGCGGUUUGGUCGUUCGUUGGAGUGGUAUCGUUCUUUUGCUCCGCAGCUGCAGGUCUUCACUGGGCAGCAGCUCGGCGCGGCGGUCGGAGAAGCGGCCUAAGAUUUCGGCGUUGGGUAAGAGAAAAUGGCCCGAACCAAGCAGACCGCGCGUAAGUCCACUGGUGGGAAAGCCCCCCGCAAACAGCUGGCCACCAAGGCUGCCAGGAAAAGCGCCCCCUCUACCGGCGGGGUGAAGAAACCUCAUCGCUACAGGCCCGGGACUGUGGCUCUUCGAGAGAUUCGUCGUUACCAGAAGUCGACCGAGCUUCUCAUCCGGAAGUUGCCUUUCCAGAGAUUGGUGAGAGAGAUCGCCCAGGAUUUCAAAACCGACUUGAGGUUUCAGAGUGCAGCCAUUGGCGCCCUUCAGGAGGCUAGUGAAGCGUACCUGGUGGGUUUAUUUGAAGAUACUAAUCUGUGUGCCAUCCACGCUAAGAGAGUCACCAUCAUGCCCAAAGACAUCCAGUUGGCUCGCCGGAUACGGGGAGAGAGAGCUUAAGUGAAGGCAGUUUUUAUGGCGUUUUGUAGUAAAUUCUGUAAAAUACUUUGGUUUAAUUUGUGACUUUUUUUGUAAGAAAUUGUUUAUAAUAUGUUGCAUUUGUACUUAAGUCAUUCCAUCUUUCACUCAGGAUGAAUGCGAAAAGUGACUGUUCACAGACCUCAGUGAUGUGAGCACUGUUGCUCAGGAGUGACAAGUUGCUAAUAUGCAGAAGGGAUGGGUGAUAUUUCUUGCUUCUCAUGAUGCAUGUUUCUGUAUGUUAAUGACUUGUUGGGUAGUUAUUAAGGUACUAGAAUUGAUAAAUGUGUACAGGGUCCUUUUGCAAUAAAACUGGUUAUGACUUGAUCCAAGUGUUUAACAAUUGGGGCUGUUAAGUCUGACCAUACAUCACUGUGAUAGAAUGCGGGCUUUUUCAAGGGUGAAGAUACAAGUCUUAACCACAGUGUAACUUACAGUUUCCUAAAAAAAAAAAAAAAAAGGAAAAAAAAAGAAAAGAAAAAAAGUAAACCUGGCAGCUAUAGAAUACACUAUGUGCAUUUAUAAUAGCUAUUUUAUAUAUUGUAGUGUCAACAUUUUUAAAUUAAAUGUUUUACAUUCACAAGUGGUGGGGAGUCUUGUCAUUAAGGUGUGUAUAAUUUAGAGUCCAGUUGGUUUUCUCCUAACUAGAGACUGCACUUGUUUUCAUAGUAGUAAAAUGCUAUGUGUAAUAUACCUUGCAUAAGUCCUCAUUCUACCACAUGUUAACUAACCCUCUAGCUGAUAAUGCAAACACUAACUGGGGGAUUUUAUUUAUAAGGGCUCUAGAAUAAAAUAACAAGUUAUUCACACCAGCAUCAUCUGUUAACUAAUAUUCUAUCUAGUUUAGCUUUUCAUAGUGUUGUGGUUGGUUUUAAAUCUAGGUUUUCUUCUAAGAGGAAAUAAUAUCAAGGGUUGGUUCUUUACCUUAUGGAGUUUAGUGUGGGGGAGGAGCAGGCAGCUCCAGGUUUAUUGGAUCUCUGCAAAUUACGAUGGUGUUGGGAUAGAUUACAUCUGGUUAUUUACUGUCCUGGGAAAAUCCCUUUUAUAUAAGAGAUGGCCUUCCAAGUGGUUUUUAAAUUUAUCCUUUAUUGAGGUUUUUAGGUCAAUUAUGUAUGUUGACUAAAUUUACAAAUAAACUUGUUUAUUCAACUAAGUGUCAAAAACCUAAAUUGAAUGUUAUAGAACCUUAAUAUGUCCAUAACUUAAAUUCUACACAUUUUAAAAGUUUGAGCUUUAUUUCAGCUCUUGCUUGGUAGAUGAACCUUUUAUUUACAAAAAAAGCAUGUAAAACUGCCCUUAGAUCUAUAAAAAUUCCCUGAUGUAGCUCAGUAAUAGAAUGUGUCUAGCAUGCAGGAAGGCCUUGGUUUUGAUCUCCAGCACCUGUGCAAAAGAAUACUGCUAUAUUUUGUACCAUGGGCUUUUAUAGCAAAGUAUGUUAAUAGCUUUACCCCAUCCCCAUAAUGUUAACAAAGUAAAAUUAAGUUGCAUUUAUUAGGGAAGUUCUUGUUAAAGUUGUAGGGCUUGCGUUUGGGGUUUAUUCCAUGCAUCUCUUUUUGGAGCAGGCUUAGAACCCAUUUUAAACAAAUCUACAAGGUGUGGAAUUGUCAAAGCUGUUUUCAGCAGCAUGGAACAAGUCUUGAGCAAUGAGGGCUGCUUGCAAGGCAUAAUGCAUGAAUGUCAGCAAGACUUGACCUCGAAAGCCACCCCUUUAAAGCAUUCCAAUGAAGCUAGUAGCUAUAUAGAAGUUCUUGCUCUACUAAAGUUUGGAUUAAUUUCUGAUUUUGAAGUGCUUGAAAGAGGUAAGAUGCUGUAUGGUUGCUUAUCCAGCUUUCAACUAGUUUUUUUUUUUUUUUUUGACAAAGUCCCAUCUGAACCAGAUCUGGAACCAGGCAUACUUACUAAUUCUGAGAAUUUCCUUAUGUGCUUCUGAACAAGACAAAUACUAGGCAUUGGAGUGUUCCCAAAAGUGGCAGCAACUAAAAGGCAGAGAAACAGCCACAGGAAUGGGGAGAGUAAGCUUGCUGAAUUGAUGGAUAAUCCAAGUGGGUGACAAUAUUGAGCCUUCUCAUCAGUCUUGAAGUCUCUUGGAGAAGGCUUGGGCAGGCUAGAAGGUACUGCUGAAACAGCUCUAUGUGGACUUCCACACUUGGACACAACCUAGAAGAUAUUUUUUGAUUCUAGGAACUUGCUCUUACAGCAUGUCCCUGGAUAAGAGUAAUGGAUCAGAAUAUGUAAGGAGGAAAGCAUAGUUGAAGCUGAUGGUGUAACCUGUGCCCUUGAUGGAUGAGACAAAAAUAAAAGUUUUUUUUUUU